AUUUUUUGGACACUUGUAGGAUUUUCAUUUUUUUUUUGUAAAAUAAAAAAGAAAAUAUCCCAUUUAUAUUAGACUCUCUACCCUUCUUAGACCUUCCCCUUCUUCUUCUUCUUUCUUGUUACUUUUUGUUAAUUUCCAUGGAAAAGUUCCAAACAUUGUUUCCAUUUUCAUCGCCAGGGCCAUCAUCCAACUAUUCUGUGUCGUCAAAUUCUAAUGUUUUUAACAACUUUUUCAAUGAUGGCACAAAUGGGUUUUUGGGGUUGAAGCUAGAAAAUAAUGGAGUUGAUCAUAAUAAGGGAGACCUAAUUAAUUCAAUUAAUCAAAGUGCAGCGAGCAUUGCAAUUGGGCCUGAAAAUAAUCAGCAUGAGCUAAAAGCAUCAGGUGGAGGCAAAAAGAGAGGAGAAAAGAAGAUUAGAAAGCCAAGAUAUGCUUUUCAAACAAGAAGUCAAGUUGAUAUAUUAGAUGAUGGUUAUCGAUGGAGGAAAUAUGGCCAAAAAGCUGUCAAAAACAACAAAUUUCCAAGGAGCUACUAUAGGUGCACAUAUCAAGGAUGUAAUGUGAAGAAGCAAGUCCAACGCCUAACAAAAGACGAGGGAAUUGUAGUAACUACAUAUGAAGGGAUGCACACUCAUCCAAUAGAGAAGCCAACUGAUAACUUCGAACACAUUUUAAAUCAGAUGCAAAUUUACACUCCCUAUUGAAGUUUGAAAGUGAUCUUCAAAAUUAUACGGUACACUUUUGUAUUAAUGGAGAUAUAUAUAGAUUCUGAGACUUGGAUAUAUAUAUUGCAAUAAUCAAGGUUGUUAUUACUAGUAACGACAGGACAAGUGCAUACUUUUGAUUAAGUUCUUACUAGGUUUGUUUUUCCUUUUUUUUUCCCUCUAAUUUGGACAUUGUAAGUUAAUUUCCUUUCAGUUCUUUCUUUUCUUUUUUUUUUUCUCCUUUUCUGCCUCCUCCUUUUAUAUGGUUGGCUUUGUAUAAUGUAAAUUCAGCUUCAUAUGGUGGAAUUGGAUUUUUUUUUUUUUAA